AUUUAUGUCGUGGACAAUUGCCAUUGACAUUCCAGAUGAAGAUGACAACAACUCAAAUAAUUUAUUCAAGAAUAAAACUCAAAGAUAUACAUAUACUAAAGCAUAAACGCCAUACGAUGAAGAUAUUACGAGUAUGCUCUAUGGCUUUAAAAUUCAACUCUUUCUGACAACACUUGGGCUGCAAUUUGCUUUGCGUACACUGUUUGUAAAUGUCAACUGCAGAUUUGAAACAGGUCAUUAUCAGACGAUUAUGAAACCACGUUGCUAUUGGAUGAUGACGAGGACGACGAAGAUGUCCAGUCAACGGUCAAUCCAACAAAGCYAAAAACAAAAAUGUUUAACGCAGGUGUUAUUAAGAGGACUGAAACAGAAUUGGUAUGCCGAAAAACGUUCGAGUACGAAGGCCAAAAGUUGUCGCACUGUUACGACGACUCGCACUGCAAGUUGUACGGCGACUGCUGUCUGGACAGUAAGUUCUAUGAUGAGCCAGGGCAAACUGUUGCCAUCGCCGGCAGCGUGUACAACAACAGCCGGUACGGGUGUUACAAUAAGCACGGCAUGGACAUGGUGCAAGCGUUGCUGAUCGGCAGGUGUCCGCGGGUGGCGUCAUUUGCUGAUCGCGAUGUACGCGAAAAGUGUGAACGGCGCGAAGAUGAUUUCAUAUCCGCCUAUCCUGUGUCCAGCAGCGACGGCCAACACGCAUAUAAGAACGUCUGGUGUGCAUUGUGCAACGGUGAACGUUGGCAGAUUGUAUACUGGAAACCACUGUUCGUGUGUUACGGUCGCGACAGACGGGUUUUACCGAUGCASAUUCGGCUGGAGAACGCGUCCGACCACACCCUGUUGUAUCGCGACGGCCAGUGGUACUACGCCGACUACAAAAACCGGACGUUAUUCACGUGCGACUACAGGAUCCGUCCACCGGAUGUGGCCGUCACACCGCCAUUGAGGCCGUGCGUCGGCGAGGGAUUCACCGGGAUCGUGGACGGGUGUCCCGUCGGCACACCAACCGCCAUGGCCUUGGCGUGCGCGUCAUACACCUACACCCUUUUCGAGUACCAACCAAGCGGAGACCAGGAUAGGCGCGUUUUUCGAAACGUCGACUGCGCCCGGUGCAACGGGUUGACCACAAAUCAGUUGACAUGCGAACCACCGCCUCCACCGUUACGCAGCGGUGUGUUAGGGUUCGCAUCGCUGUUCGCAGUCAGUAAGGCUGGAAAACUACGUGACCCAUGCCCCCCAGACGAAAUAUAUGACGUAACCGCGGUCAAGUGUAGGAACGUGAUUCGGGAAGAGCUGUCGGGUGCAUGCUUGACGUUCGUUACGUUCGGCCAAGGGGAAUACGACGGUCGGACUGUGGGCAACGGCACAGCUUACGUGUACGCGUACAAGAAACGUGUCCGAUACAGAGUGGGAGACCGCACGACGGUCAUGGCCACGGGUAUCGGAUCUCCACUGCAAGUGUGCACUGAGGACGCAGACGGACUGCUCAGACCAUACCAACAAUCAGCUUACGCGGUGUACCUGUCGUACGCGGGCGUGAUUGGAUCGUGCGUUUCUGCCGCGGCGCUGAUCGCGCAUCUCAUACUGUUUGGAUUCUGUGGAUGUUGUACGGGCGCUGAACCCAAGAACCUUCCCGAAAAGAACCUGGCCAGUCUUUCCACAGGUUUACUGAUUGGCUACGUGGGCUACCUUUCCGUGGCACUGCGAGCCGUGUCCCCAGGCAGUGGACUUCCGUGCCUGGUGUCCGCGCUCAUCACACAAUUCGGUUUCCUAGCCGCUUUUGCGUGGAUGUUUGUCAUGUCUGCUGAUGUGUGGAUCGUGCUGCACGCGUCAACAAAGAAGCUCCGAGUGGCCGGAGGCCAGCGUCACGGUCGGUUCAUCGUCUAUUCAAUGUUUGCGUGGCUUGCACCCGCCGCACUCACUGCGCUGUCCRCUACCAUACAAUUACAGUUGGCCGGUGGUGCAUUGUUUCCCGAGCUCCGGCCCAACUUUCAUUACGACUGUUGGUUCCGGAACCCGCAGUCAUUAGUCGCGCUGUUCGUGCUUCCAGCCGGGACCGCAAUCGCCGCUAACUAUGUGUCGUUUUUCGGCGCUGUCCGGCUGAUCGCCACUUCCGAUAAUGGGUUCAAGACGUCUGGCAGUGGGGGCAGUUGCAGCAACGCCACCGGCGUCAACCGGACGCGCAGGAAUCUCAAGAUCUACGUACGGCUGUCGCUGAUGAUGGGCCUGGCGUGGGUUUUCGCGCUGGUGGGCGCGAUCACUGACAGCGACAUUGCGUGGACGCUUAACACAGCCCUCAACUCGCUGCAGGGCGCUUUCAUAUUCGUCGCGUUUGACUGCAACCAAAUAUCCAUUCAAAAGUUUGCCGUGUUCCGCAAACAACUGUCCGUAUCAGAGACGCAGACCACUGCCGCCACGCCACUCAGUGCAUCCACAUAGCGGGCGCCUGGUUAAAAGUUCCAAACACAUAUUAUUGUGUACCUUAUCUCUGCGGUAGUGUGUUGCUAUUACUGUGUGUAGACACAUUUUUUACGCUAUUGAGCUUACCGUGGUAGUAAAUACAUAAUAAUAUAUAAUAUAUAUUUACCGUUGUUUAGCAUCUAUACCAGAAUCCUAUGGRAUAUUUCUCACUGAUGUUUGUUCGCAAUGCAAUUGACUGUAAUCACGGAGGUUUGAAUGUCACACACAACUAUUUUUGUUCAUUAUUAUAGUGAGUUUUAUUGUUCCACUUUAAUCCCAAUUCUAUAUUACUUUUUUUCAUAUAAUAGCCAAUAGAGAUAUUUUAAUUGUUAUAUUUUCUUUCG